AUAGGAAUUAAUAUAAAAAGUGUCAGUAAUUUGUCAAUUUAAAUGUUCGUCAUCAGCUUUCUUUUUAAGACUAAAUUAUUUAACUAUGUCGGCCAUAAAGAAAUCCAAACUGUUAUCUCUUAAACAUUUCCCAAAACGAGGGUUGGUGGGGUCUUUUAGCAGCUGUUGUAAACCCUCGGUGUUCGGUCAUGUGGAACAGGGUCCCGCCGACCCCAUUUUUGGGGUGGCGGAAGCCUUCAAGGCCGAUAAGAACCCCAAAAAGGUGAUGCUCGGGGUGGGAGCUUACAGGUCAGACGAUGGAAAGCCUUAUGUGCUGCCUUGUGUACGUAAAGCAGAGGAAAUUGUGUACAAAAAGUGCGGAAACCAUGAAUAUCUACCCAUUGCUGGUAUGCCCGAGUUCAACAAAGUGGCUGUUGAGCUGGCACUGGGGAAAGAUUCAUGUAUUUUAAAAGAAGGAUUAAACAUGACUGUGCAGAGUCUCUCUGGCACCGGCGCAAUAAGAUUAGGAGCUGCCUUCCUAGGAAUGUUCUAUAAAGGAAACAAGGAAGCAUACAUUUCUAACCCUACAUGGGGCAACCACCGUAACGUCUUUUUACACUCAGGCAUACCAUGGAAAUACUACACUUACUAUGACCCCAAGACCAUCGGGUUGGAUUUUAAGGGAAUGUCCGAAAACCUCUGCUGCAUUCCAGAUGAGUCCAUUGUGGUGUUCCAUGCGGUGUCCCACAAUCCCACUGGCGUAGACCCCACCCCAGAACAAUGGAAAGCCUUUUCACAAAUCUGUAUGCAAAAAAAGCAUUUUCCUUUCUUUGAUAUGGCUUAUCAAGGUUUUGCUUCUGGGGAUCCUGAACGGGAUGCUAAAGCAGUAAGAAUGUUUAUAGAUGAUGGGCAUCAAGUGGCAGUAGCACAAAGUUUCGCCAAAAAUAUGGGCCUGUAUGGUGAGAGAAUUGGGGCAUUUACCUUCACAUGCAGAUCCAAGGAAGAAGUGGCCAAAGUAUUAUCACAAAUGAAGAUCGUUAUAAGGGCCAUGUAUUCUAAUCCACCCACAUUUGGGGCCAGAUUAAUCACUGAAAUCCUAGGCAAUCCUGAAUUAAAGUGCUUAUGGCUUCAAGAUGUUAAAUGUCUUGCUGAUAGGAUAAUGAGUUGUCGACAGAAGUUAGUGGAGGCCCUAAAGAAGGAAGGAUCUAAAAAAGAUUGGAGUCAUAUCACUAACCAAAUUGGAAUGUUUAGCUUUACAGGUUUAAAACCUGAGGAAGUGAAAAAAAUCAUAAAAGAGUUUGCGGUAUACAUGACAGCAGAUGGGAGAAUAUCUAUCGCAUCCCUAGGAAGCCCUAAUAUAGAUUAUGUGGCAAAAGCAAUGCAUGCAGUCACAAAGUAAUGCUCCAAUAUUUUUUUAAAAUUUUGGUCUAAUGGGAAAUAUAUAAUAUUUGUCCAAAA